AUGUUCAGCGCCAAUCAAACACCAUCCAAUAGCCAGAAAGACACCGUCCGCAACGUCGAAGCUACGGGGAAGUUUGUCUGGAAUCUAGCGACGUAUGAACUGAGAGAAGAGGUGAAUAGAAGUGCAGUGCAGGAAGAGUAUGGUGUUGAUGAGUUUGAGACGGCGGGGGUGGAGAAGGAAGAUAGUAGGGUUAGUGGGGUUGUUGUUGUGAGUGGCGAUGGGGAGGGGAAGGAAGGCAAAGAGGGCAGGAGGGAGAUGAUGAUACCGAUGGUGAAACGCAGUCCAGUAAAGUUCGAAUGCGAGUACUACACCACACUACGCCUUCCUGGGAAUCCGCCUAUGGGCUCGGCGGAUGUGGUGAUUGGGAAGGUGGUUGGUGUGCAUAUCGAUGAGCGCGUGUUGACAGACGGGAAGAUUGAUGUAAGGAAGACGGAGCCAAUUGCUAGAUGUGGGUAUUAUGAGUAUGCGGUCGUGAGGGAGACGUUUGAGAUGCGGAUACCGGGGGAGGAUAAGGCGAUUUUGGCGGGGCUGGAGGGGAGUGCGAAGAAGAAUGAGAGGUUAGAUAGGGUUGGAGAUGUGGAUGGGGAAACAAAGUGA